CCUGGACAACAUUAAUGUGAGCUGUGAGCUGAUUGGCUAUAACAACAGGAAGUGAGCUGCUCACCCUGUGUUAUUAUCACUACUAAUGUAGACAGUUAACGGGACUAAACGUUAAAUAUUUAGAAGCAGCUUCUGCUAAAUCGCGUAAUUUUCCCCGCACACACUAAAGACACUAAUGGUGACAACAUAAAGAUGAAAUCUGCAAAGAAGAAGUCUUCACUGAACAAAGCUAAGAGAGGAGAGAAGCAACAGGAUGCUGUCAGUGUUAAAACAGAGCUGGAGCUGGAGGGUGGAGUGAACACUAAUGGAGGUGGUCUUAACAUCCAGAUUAAAGAGGAACCACUUUCACAGGAGAUCAGUGAGGAGCACAAUGGAGACACUAAGCCUGACACAUCAGAGACAUCCAGGUCAGAUGUUCACCAUCAACAGGAAGGCAUAAAGGACGAGUGUGACUCUGACCUUCAGCCACAAGAUGAUGAAUGCACUGGAGCUGCUGUCAAGGAGGAGUCUGAGUCGUGGAUUAAAGAAGAGAGAGACAAAGAGGAGGAGGAGGCAACAACAGGCAACAUCCAGGAGGAUAAUGAAGAGGGAGAGGAGGUCUGCACAGAGUCAUCGUCUGACUUCUAUCCAUGUCCUCACUGCACUGUCUCCUUUACUGAUUUGGACUUCUUGGAGAAGCAUGUCAAGUGGGUCCAUCAGAAACAGUAUCUCGCCGAGCUGAAGAAAUGCCUCUCGAGCCGCACACUAAACCUCAUCCCCAAACACACCUGCACUUCCUGCAGCAGCACCUUUAACUCUAAAGUACACCUUAGGGUCCAUGUACGUGAAGCCCACCCUGCUCCCCCUCCUCGCAGGCUUCACCCCUGUCCAACUUGUGCACGCAGCUUCCAGUACCUGAAGAAUUUGAAGAAUCACUGUCAGCGCUGGCACAGCAUGUCCGUGGUCACCAGAGGAGGGCAUCUCAGCUGCGCCGACUGCGGGAAGAGUUUCAAAGCUACCUGGGGUCAAGGGCCUCAUUUGUGUCAUGAACCGCACAACACCGAAUCUGAGGAUAAGCCAAUCUGUCUGGACGUCGGUGUGCAGUGUCCAGAAUGUGGCAAGAAGAUGGGCACACCUCAAAGCCUGGAGGAUCACAUGCGCACCCACACAGGCGACCGGCCGUUUGUCUGCAAGGAUUGUGGCAGGAGGUUUGUGGAGCGCAGCGGUUGGCGGCAGCACAUGAAAAUACACACGGGGGACAAGCCGUAUAAAUGCCAGGUGUGCGGGAAGGCCUUUUUAAGAUCGCACCAUCUCAAGUGCCACUUAACCACACACUCCGGCAAGAAGGAAUAUUCUUGCUCUGAAUGUGGAAAGGAGUUUGGAUUCAAGUCAAGUCUGGUUCUCCACCUGAAGACGCACUCCAGUGAGAAACCCUUCCACUGCAGUGUGUGCGGGAAGAACUUUAACACCCAGAAGAACCUGAGGGUUCACACCAAACUCCACACCAAAGAGAAAGCUCACCAGUGCGGGGACUGUGGGCUGAAGAUCGGAGACCUCGGGGCUUUGAAAAUACACCUACGGACACACACCGGAGAAAGGCCUUACCACUGCACGGUCUGCGGCAGUAGGUUCAUUCGCCUUGCACAUCUGCGAAACCACCAACGCACCCACACUGGUGAGAGACCCUACAAGUGCACCGAAUGCGACAAGAGUUUCACUCAAUCGGGCGACCUGGUGAAGCAUAAGAGGAUACACUCUGGGGAGAAGCCCUUUGAAUGCCCAGAGUGCCACAAUCGUUUCACCUCCUCUGGCGAUUUGGGCAAGCACAGGAGGAGUCACACUAACCUGCGUCCCUACACAUGUCAAGAAUGUGAGAAAAGCUUUCGCUUGUCAGGCCAUUUGAAGACUCACAUGUUAACUCACACAGGGGAGAAGCCUUAUUCCUGCCCCAACUGCCUCCGCAGGUUUGCUCGCUCUCACCAUCUUUCUGGGCAUGUGGCUAAAUGUCGCUGAGCUUUCAUGAGAGGACUGUAAAUAAGCUAGGCUGAUUUGAAGUGGUAACUAUGGGAGCUGACUCCAGUCUUCUACUAGGUUUUUUUUAAGGAGUGUGUUGAAGUCAAAACUCACAGCUGUAUAUGAUUAUUUAUACAAACUUUCUCUAACCCUCUUGACUCCGAUGACUGUUUUAAUUUAUAAUGAAAACUGAAUUGAACACAUGACUCAUGUUUGUUAUCGCAUGGAGCGUUUUUUUAAAAACACUAUCCCAGGCCUUGUACGAUUUUUGUGCAGGGUAGACCUAAACUGUUUUUUGCAAGACACUAUUAUAAUGGAGGCUUGAGGACAUGGUAUGAGGCAGUGGGACAUGCAGAUCAUGUUUUUUUUUCUCCACAGAAUGGAUCACUGCUGUAUGAUUUUCAAACUGUAAUAAAUUAUUUGAUGAAAGCAUGAA